AGGCAGAGCUACCGAAAUUUGGAUUCUUCAGUCGAAUAUUCAGCAGCUAGAUCGAUGACGCGCGUAUACGAAUACUUAUAGGGGCCAGUGAUUACGAUUCAAAUUGGAUGGCACAGGCCGCGGCUUGUGGCGGCUGACCGUUUGUGAUCACGGAACUGCCUCGGAAAAAUCUCCCCACGCACGGUGGCAGAUAAUCACUUCCGAGAUCCGAUGAUCAUCUCCGACUCAGAUCGGCAUCGUCCGACUUUCCCUUUUAUCAGAGCAAGCUCCCGCAAACCUCCAAUCUCAAGUCUCUCUCUUAUCCAUCAUGGCCAACGUUUACUUCGACAUCACCAUCAACGGUAACAAUGCUGGGCGCAUUGUUUUCAGACUCUUUGAUGACGUUGUACCAAAGACUGCAAGAAAUUUCCGCGAGUUGUGCACUGGCCAAAAUGGUUACGGAUAUGCUGGCUCUGGCUUCCAUCGUAUCAUCCCAUCCUUCAUGCUUCAGGGUGGUGACUUCACCAGGGGCAACGGAACUGGUGGCAAGUCCAUCUACGGCGAGAAGUUUGCUGAUGAAAACUUCCAAUUAAAGCACACUAAGCCUGGACUUUUGUCCAUGGCAAACGCAGGCAAGAACACCAACGGCUCGCAGUUCUUCAUUACCACCAUCGUCACUAGCUGGCUCGACGGUGCUCACGUAGUGUUCGGUGAGGUCAUCGAGGGCCUUGAGCUUGUGAAGACGAUUGAGAAGUACGGGACUGACACUGGCAAGCCUAAGGCCGAGAUCAAGAUCGCCGCUAGCGGUACACUGUAAGACAUGCGACUAAUGUAGAAAGGUUCGGAGAAAGAAGAAUACUACUUUUAUUCGUUACGAAUAACUUGUAUACGUUGUGAGAAAACCAGUACUUAUGAUUCUUAUCGAUAUGCAAUUCAAUCGCAGAGAUUAGAUGAUCG